GUAGAAAAGCGAGAGCGAGAGGUGCACUCACGACAGCGACGGCCACGGCGGCUGCAACGUGACCGCUGUACCACGUGAUCCGCGCGGCCAAUUGGAUCUGCCAUGGAUCGGCGGUCACGUUGCACUCGGCGUGGCUCAAUCAUCCCCGCACUCCUGCACGCUUCCCCCUCGCCCAUCGUUCCUCUACGACUAUCGCGUUCGCAUAUGCGAUCGGUUGUUAGCGCGGUGCGGUGCGGUUUUUCGGUCGUGCACUUUUGCUCGUCCGUUCGCGCGAUUAUGUGAAAUAAAAGGAAGAAGAAAACAAGAAAGAGAAGAUUUUGGUGAACGCGCGCGACGAUCGAGUAAGUGCGAGAGAGCCUUUCGCGCGAAUUGACGUUGCGCAGAAUUUGUGAUCCGCGAAUGAACAGUGAAUUAUCGUUAUCGCACGGCAUCUGAUUGUUUCUGGAAUUGGAAGGUUUUGCGUCGACGAAUGUUCGUGUCAAGUGACGGGACGAUUAGCGCGCUCGGCGCUAAGAACGAUGCAUCGAGCGCGUCAUCGAUCCGCGAGUGCCGUGAGUGUAUCUGUUUUCUGCAGUGGCUUAACUAGUGUAUAAUUUUAAAACUUAAAAUCAGACAGAUAUGUACGUUUGAUAUUUGACGAAAAAGAAUUAUAAUGGAUUCUGGUUAAUUUUUUAACUAGAAUGAAAAACAGAUCUAGUAAGUUCGAUGAUUUAAUUCGAUAAUUUAAUCGUGCGUUAUAAAAUCGAGAAUUAACGAGAGUCUUCUGUGAUAAUCAGUGGCUCGUGAAUGAAUCCGCUGAAUUCGCGACGAAAAGGAAUCAAAAGGAGAAGUCUGCAAGGAGAAAUGUGAGUGUCGCCGAUAUUGCGAUCGACAUGCGUUGCGACGAACUGUCGUCGAUUUGAGUUCCGUGAUCGAUUUCGCUCUACCAGCUGAAUCUGGGAACCGUCGCGUCGCAUCGUUGAUCAUAGGGCUUCGCGGCCUUGCUUCGCCGGCGGGAAACUCGCAAUUGUGACUGCACGACGAUGAGCGUUUUGAAGCGAGCUUGUCUCGCGGACCGCGAACUCUCUUCGUAGCUCGACGUGCCCGCGGAUUUCUGCGGUGGAUUGACACAGCGGGUUGCAGGGCCUCGGCUUUUUUAACUUGGCGCGCUUUCACCGGUCGCUUCAACGAAAGGUAUACUAGGAAAAGAUGACGGGAAGUAGUAAGAACGAGAUGGGCCAGGCAGUUACUUCGGGAGUUCGAGGUGAUGGCGGGAAGCAUACGGUUCACUGGUUUCGCAAGGGACUUCGAUUGCACGACAAUCCCUCAUUGAAAGAAGGUCUCGCGGGGGCGUCCACUUUCCGGUGUGUCUUUGUGCUGGACCCCUGGUUCGCCGGAAGUACCAACGUUGGCAUCAAUAAAUGGAGGUUUCUACUGCAAUGUUUAGAGGACCUAGACUGUUCCCUGAGGAAACUAAAUUCCCGGCUGUUUGUGAUCCGGGGACAGCCGGCCGAUGCGCUCCCCAAGCUCUUCAAAGAAUGGGGCACAACAGAUCUGACUUUCGAGGAGGAUCCGGAGCCAUUUGGCCGCGUGCGAGAUCAUAAUAUCUCGGCUCUUUGUAAAGAGCUCGGUAUCUCGGUGGUCCAGAGAGUCUCGCACACUCUUUAUAGACUAGACGAGAUUAUAGAGAGAAAUAGUGGGAAACCACCGUUGACCUAUCAUCAAUUUCAAAACGUCGUCGCCGGCAUGGACCCACCAGAACCGCCGGCACCGACAGUGACUGCCGCCUGCAUUGGCAGCGCCUACACACCCCUAAAGGACGAUCAUGACGAUCAUUAUGGAGUGCCCACCCUCGAAGAACUUGGCUUCGAUACGGAAAGUCUGCUGCCACCGGUGUGGGUCGGCGGUGAAAGCGAGGCCCUGGCUCGGCUUGAACGUCACCUCGAGAGGAAGGCAUGGGUAGCGAGCUUCGGCAGACCGAAGAUGACACCGCAAUCCUUAUUGCCGAGUCAGACUGGACUCUCACCUUAUCUGCGAUUCGGCUGUCUCAGUACGCGGUUGUUUUAUUAUCAACUCACCGAUCUAUAUAAGAAGAUAAAGAAAGCGGUGCCGCCGCUAUCGUUGCACGGGCAACUUCUCUGGCGCGAAUUCUUUUACUGUGCAGCGACGAAGAAUCCAAAUUUCGACAAAAUGCAGGGCAAUCCGAUUUGCGUGCAGAUACCAUGGGACAAGAACGUGGAAGCACUCGCAAAGUGGGCGAAUGGUCAGACGGGAUUUCCAUGGAUUGAUGCAAUCAUGACGCAGUUACGGGAAGAGGGUUGGAUUCAUCACCUGGCCAGACAUGCGGUAGCUUGUUUCUUGACCAGGGGCGACCUUUGGAUCUCAUGGGAGGAAGGAAUGAAGGUGUUCGACGAACUUCUCUUGGACGCCGAUUGGUCCGUCAAUGCCGGCAUGUGGAUGUGGUUGUCGUGUAGUUCGUUUUUCCAACAAUUUUUCCACUGCUAUUGCCCCGUACGAUUCGGCAGGAAAGCGGAUCCGAACGGCGACUAUAUCAGACGCUAUCUGCCGGUGUUGAAGAACUUCCCGACCAGGUACAUUCACGAGCCCUGGAACGCGCCGCUUAGUAUACAGCACGCUGCCAAGUGCAUCAUCGGCAAGGAGUACUCGUUGCCGAUGGUGAACCAUAACAAGAGCUCACGCAUCAACAUCGAACGGAUGAAACAGGUGUACCAGCAGUUGAAUAAGUAUCGCGAUAACGGUGAUAUACCGUCGUCGAAAGUUUGGUUCCUUCGAAGAACCUCAUUUAAAGGAGAGAAUAUUGGCUUGUUGAACGCAUUGUUGGCACCACCAACGAAAGACGGCGACGAGGAGAAAAGGAAACAGGACUCGCCGAAUCGGGAGAACGAACAGAAAAUGGAGACCAUCAGCAGUCCCACGCAGCAGCAAUAG